AUCCUUUCAGAUAAGCCCCUUCUUACAUCAACAAAUUUGCUUCCAUAUCACCCUCCAUACAUCACCCUGACACAGCACAAACUCAAUUCAACAACCCAAAAAAGAAUAUUGGCCAGAAUGGCUUCCGUUUGUGCUUCUUCUGCAAUUGCAGCUGUUGCCAUCUCUUCUCCCAGUUCCCAAAUUAAUGGAUCCACAGUAGGGGCAACUAAGGCUUCUUUCCUUAGUGGGAAGAGAUUGACAGUGAGAAAGCACACAUCACCUGUUGUUGCCUCGAGAUCUGUUACAGUUUGUGCUGUUGCUGAUCCUGAUAGACCUCUAUGGUUUCCUGGCAGCACCCCUCCUCCUUGGCUCGAUGGCAGCCUUCCUGGAGACUUUGGAUUUGAUCCCUUGGGUCUUGGAUCUGACCCUGAAACACUCAGAUGGAAUGUACAAGCAGAGCUAGUGCAUUGCAGAUGGGCAAUGUUGGGUGCUGCUGGUAUUUUCAUUCCAGAGUUCCUGACAAAGAUUGGUAUCCUAAACACCCCGUCAUGGUAUGACGCUGGAAAAUUGGAAUACUUCACCGAUACAACAACCCUCUUCAUUAUUGAGCUGAUCUUUAUUGGCUGGGCUGAGGGAAGAAGAUGGGCAGAUAUCCUCAAGCCAGGAUGUGUCAACACUGACCCUAUCUUCCCCAACAACAGGCUCACUGGAACUGAUGUUGGUUACCCAGGUGGGCUAUGGUUUGACCCACUUGGAUGGGGAAGUGGUUCACCGGAAAAGAUCAAGGAAUUGAGGACAAAAGAGAUCAAGAAUGGUAGAUUGGCUAUGUUGGCUGUAAUGGGUGCUUGGUUCCAACACAUCUACACUGGAACUGGCCCUAUUGACAACCUCUUUGCCCACCUUGCUGAUCCUGGUCAUGCCACCGUUUUUGCUGCUUUCUCCCCCAAGUGAAGAACUCAAGAGUGAGACACUCGAAGGAGCUUGAAAAGAUUUGUAUUUGUCGAAAGAACGUCCUAUGUAUCAUUAGAAGUUGUAAUGCCUGUGUUAAUGGUUUUGUCACAGAAUUGCUCGCCCUUGCAAUGUACAAAGUUUUUUAACUUA